AUGCAAACGGCAAGGGGAAAGAGUGAUCCGCAGGGAAGGAAGGCCAAGCUUGCGAACUCGUACCAGGCGCUUCUGGACGAAUUCGCUCAGCCGGAACUGAAAUCUGUUGGCAACUAUGCUCUUGGUCGCCUAGUAGGGAAAGGAUCUUUUGGCAGGGUCUACUUGGCAAACCAUAAGCUCACCAAUGGCUCCAAGGUUGUGCUCAAGUCGGCCAACAAAGGCGACUCGAACCUCGCGCGCGAGAUUCACCACCACCGACAGUUUGUCCACCCCCAUAUCGCGCGGCUGUACGAGGUUAUUGUGACCGAGAGUAUGGUUUGGUUGGUCCUGGAGUAUUGCGCCGGCGACGAACUAUACAACUACCUCUUGGAGCACGGGCCCCUGCCUGUUCCCAAGGUCCAGAAGAUCUUUGCCCAGCUCGUGGGUGCCGUCACCUACGUCCACAAGCAGUCGUGCGUCCACCGAGACCUAAAACUGGAGAACAUCCUCUUCGACACGCAUGAAAAUGUGAAGCUGGUAGACUUUGGUUUCACCAGGGAGUACGAGGGGAGGACGAACCAUCUGCAAACCUUCUGCGGUACGAUAUGCUACUCGGCACCCGAGAUGCUGAAAGGGGAGAAAUAUGCGGGCGAAAAGGUCGAUGUAUGGAGUCUGGGUGUGAUCCUAUAUGCAUUGCUCUGCGGCGAGCUGCCUUUCGAUGAUGACGACGAUAACGUGACUCGAACCAGAAUCCUGACGGAGGAACCCAAGUACCCUGACCACCUCUCUCCUGAUGCAGUAUCUCUUUUGAAGGCUCUGCUGUCUAAACGGCCGCUUCCACGGCCGUCGCUUCCUGACAUCCUUGCGCAUCCCUUCAUUGCUGAACAUGCACCUGCACAGCAAGCGAUCCUUGCCGUCAAGUCACCCGCGCCAUUCUCGACUGCGCUAGAAAACGAGUGUCUGCACCGAAUGCGAGCAGCCGGAGUAGAUACCGACGCGGUGAUAGAGAGCGUGAUGGCGGAAAAGUGCGAUGCCCUCGCUGGAUGGUGGACACUACUGCUGGAGAAAGAGACGCGGAAAAUGCAGAGAAGAGAGAGGAAGCGCAAAGAGCGAGAAGCCGAGACCAAGAGCAUGCGCCGAAUUUCAGCUGCGUCAAGUCGGCUGGAGCGCUUGGCCCCCAUGCUUCAAGAUGUGGAUGAAGAUGGGGGCCUGUCACUGACCAGGACAGGAGAGGGUUCUGCAUCCCGCAGCCGAGGUAGGAGUAAGCGUAGGAGCGCACAGUACUACAAUGAGCUGCAUCUUAAGGAGAUCCCACCGCUUCCCGAUAGCGGUGGGCGGUUCGAACCCCAGAGUCCAGAUGAGAUUCCUCCAACACCGAUCGACAAAGAUUCGAUCCGGUCAGUUUCGACUUCGCGCCAACGAAGACCGCCCCCGCCACCGAAGGAAGGGGUGAUCCGGAGUGCUAGAUCCCGUGGAUCGACCCUCCACCUUGUGACGACGUCAGAUGCCUUGGGUGGUGGGAGCAGUACGACGGGAUCAGAUGCCAAGCACGGCGAGUCGAAGGGAAGAAGAAAGCCAGCUCAGGUCAUCGUCGCCCACUGGAAGAACUGGACACAUUGGAUCUUCGAAAAUACAACCAAGAGAUCCAAGAGGCUCAAUGAGAAGAACACAAGCCAUAGCACCCCGAACUUGGGCAGUGGGAAUGCCAAGGAAACCAAGGACGUAACUCCAAGACCUCAGACGAGCAAGUAUCCUGGCUCUGAUUCCUUGAGAGGAAUGACUUCCGCCCCCCUCCCGAAGGGAGUGAUUGCUAAUGGACACGCCAAAGGGGGGGCGAGUGUGGCUAUUCACCCAUCUGCUCUUAGAAAUGGCAAGCCUGGGCAUUCCCUCACCUCUUCGAGACUGCAGCAGCACCAGCCGCAACCCCCAGGACGGAUACGCACCCCUUCCAAUUCCUACAAGCGACAAUCAUUGUCGCCAUCACCGAUGACGCCGCGCUCUGGGAUGCGCCGGUCGUCAGCUGGGCUCAGGGGACGAAAGUCGACCUCAUCAUCUGUAUCCUCUGUACGGUCUCUGCAUCAUCAUCGCCACUCGCACUCCAAGGCAUCCUCGACAAGCUCCGCUGCAUCAAUAACGGUAGCCAAAACACCCCAUCGUGGCCAAUCCCCUCACCAUUCAGUCAAGGUGUUGCCGGCAACACCAACAUCAACCGCUUUCCCUUCCAAUAUUCGACUUGUCCGAGCCGCACCUGCCCCCUUGAGCCUGUAUAACGAGGGUAUGCCAUCUCACAAUGACUCCCUGGGGUCACCUAAUCCAUUCACAGCUGGUGUAAUGUUCGCGAAGCGAAAGAAGAACCUGUUCAAAGGCCCAUCGCUCAAUUUCGGUGGUAGUCCUUCUGGUGGCCAUCGCAACCUAGGUUCGGCAGGCCAUUCUAGGAGCGGUAGCGGGUCAGCGCUUGGUCGUCGGUCUGGAGAGAUCACUAUCGAGGAAGAGGAUGAAGAUCCUUCGGAAAAUGCAGAGGUCAUCGAGGAGGUUGAGUCCUUCUCACCGAUCGUCAGUGGACCUGGCGAAAUCAUCACUGAGCAGAUCCUCGAGGAUGAUGAGCCCACGCCAACUAAAGAUACCGCGCUUUCGCUGGCGAAAAAUGGUAUCCACGCAGCUGACCAGGCCCAUGGAUCCGAAGAAACAAAGAUAUCCCUUGAUUCCCCCAUCCGACUGAAGUGA